GGGUCACGUGAUGUGGUAUUAGCUCGAUGACUCUGCUAUGUUUAUCGUUUGCGGCAACGUUGAAGAAAUGCUGAUUUUCACGCUUUUAUCAAUUUACUGUCACCGAGGGAAGCCGCGCGGCGGCUCAGAGACCCGCUUUUAUUGGCGCUGCGCGAAGAGGUUGACUUCGAAAACGGACGCUGUAGGCCUACACGUCACGUGACCGGCAUGCGGCGGAGCGUUUGAUAAAAAGAUGGCGUGAGCGCGACGGAGCGGAUAGGACAACAAGCCCCGAACUGCUGAGCGCCGCCGAUCGCGAGCUGCAGCGGCCGUUCAACCGUGAGAUGGAUCCCGGACAGGAUUUACUUCUCGCUGCUCUCAGUGAGAGUGGAAUUUGCCCAAAUGAUAUUGGCAUAUUUGAUGUUGAUUCUCAGGAUGUUGCACAGCCCUCAACAACCCAGCAAUCUAUCUCCAUCAGUGCCCUGGAUGUUGGUGUUGGUGUGGGGACAGAUCCAGUGGAAGUUGUUCGACCUGAACCUCCAACUGCAGUCCCCAUUGUUACCAUCAGGCACAAACCUCAGCCAUCAACCACCACGUUUGUCUUAAAUCAGCUGAAUCAGUUGCCGCCACUGGGAGCUGUUGUGACCAAACAGUCAGCUAAUAACCCUGUCAAGCAUACCAUAACUGUCACCAAGGUGGUCCACGUGGCUAAUUCAGCCCUGCGAGGUUCAUCAACCCCCUCUCCCAUGAGUAUUCCCCCUUCCGCAUCCACAUUAGUGCCUUCUAACAGAGAUCAGCAGAUUCAGUUGAAAGACCUCCUUCGGACCGGCAAUGUGAAGAGCACUGGUCUUAAGGGCAACAGUCUGAUGGAGCUCAUGAAGCUGAAGCCUCCACCUGACAUUGCUCCACCAGUAGCAACUGCAACAGCUACAGGUCCAGGUGAAUUGAACAAUGGGAUCAAGAAAGAAGUUUUGGGUAAAGAUGCUGCCCGGAUCUGGAUUAAUGAUGACAUUAAACUACAAACCUUUCCACAUUCUCUGAAACCUCCAGUGGUGAGGGAAGAGGAUGAGCCUGAGGAGGAAGAGGAGGAUGAGCUGGGUCAUGCCGAGACGUAUGCAGAGUACAUGCCACAGAAAUUAAAGAUUGGCCUGAGGCACCCCGAUCCUGUGGUGGAGACCAGUUCUCUGUCCAGCGUGAGCCCUCCAGAUGUGUGGUACAGACUGUCCAUCCCAGAGGAAGUCAUUGAUCGGGGCUGCCUGUCUGCACUGCAGCUAGAAGCUAUCACGUAUGCAGCUCAGCAACAUGAGACAUUCCUCCCUAACGGCGAUCGAGCUGCCUAUUUGAUUGGCGAUGGAGCUGGUGUGGGGAAAGGCCGGACGAUUGCGGGGAUCAUCUACGAGAAUUACCUCCUGGGCAGGAAGAGGUCGCUUUGGUUUAGUGUCUCAAAUGAUUUGAAGUAUGAUGCUGAAAGGGAUCUAAGAGACAUUGGAGCCAAGAACAUCCAGGUUAAUUCACUGAACAAGUUCAAAUAUGGCAAAAUCUCUUCGAAACACAAUGGGAGUGUGAAGAAGGGUGUCAUCUUCGCCACCUACUCCUCUUUGAUAGGAGAGAGCCAAUCAGGAGGGAAAUAUAAGACCAGAUUUGAACAGCUUCUCCACUGGUGUGGAGAAGACUUUGAUGGAGUUAUUGUCUAUGAUGAGUGUCAUAAAGCCAAAAACGUGUGUCCGAUUGGAUCCUCCAAGCCUACAAAAACUGGGCUUGCAGUGUUGGAGCUGCAGAACAAACUCCCAAAGGCUCGUGUGGUGUACGCAAGUGCUACAGGUGCCUCUGAGCCACGAAACAUGGCCUACAUGAACCGACUGGGCAUAUGGGGCCACAAAACGCCUUUCAGAGAAUUUGGGGACUUUAUCCAAGCUGUUGAGCGCAGAGGUGUUGGUGCCAUGGAGAUUGUAGCUAUGGACAUGAAGCUGAGAGGGAUGUACAUUGCAAGACAGUUGAGUUUUACAGGUGUGACUUUCAAGAUUGAGGAAGUUCCCCUGACUCAGCAAUACAUCAACAUGUACAACAAAUCUGUCAGACUGUGGGUGAGUGCACGUGAGAAGUUCCAGCAGGCUGCAAACCUCAUGGAUGCAGAGCAGCGCAUGAAGAAGUCCAUGUGGGGUCAGUUCUGGUCUGCCCACCAAAGGUUCUUUAAGUAUCUUUGCAUUGCCUCCAAAGUCCGCCGAGUGGUUCAGCUGGCCAGAGAAGAGGUCCAGAACGGAAAGUGUGUAGUGAUUGGUCUUCAGUCCACUGGUGAAGCAAGAACACUGGAGGCCUUGGAGGAAGGAGGGGGAGAACUCAAUGACUUUGUGUCAACUGCAAAAGGUGUGCUGCAGUCCUUGAUUGAGAAGCACUUCCCAGCUCCAGACAGACAGAAGCUUUACAGCCUGCUGGGUAUCGACCUCUCAGCAAAGAAGACCCCCUCUCCCAAUGACAGAGCAGCAGAGCAGGAACAGAAGGGCAAGAAGAGGAAAGGUUCGGAGGUUAAAAAGCAGCAGAAAAAGCGUCCCCGAAAGCACGGCGGUCUGUCAGGAACGAGCUCGGAGGAGAGCCAGUCAGAGGAGUCGGACAGAGACUCUGGCAGAGACUGUGACAGCGAUGACAGCUUCAAAUCAGUCAGCUCAGCAGACGAAGAUGACGAUUUCAACCCAUUCAGAGACGAGUCUGACGACGAUGAUGAAGAUGAUCCAUGGCUUAUCAGGAAGGAACCAAAGAAAGGGAAGGAGAAGAAGAAAAAGAAAAAGAGGAGGAAGAGUAUUGAUCCAGAUUCGAUUCAAAGUGCCUUGUUGGCCUCGGGGGUUUUUACCACCAGGCCUGCUUUCACUGCCUCAGUUAAUCCUCCCAGCACGCCUGCUACAGUUAAAGCAGACAGUGAGGACAGCUGCCUAACAAGUCAGGACUCAGUGGAACUUGCCCAGAAAAUGAAGAGAGAGCUGCUGGAAAAACUGGAGCGGCUGGCUGAGGAUCUACCUCCCAACACUCUGGAUGAGCUCAUAGAUGAACUGGGAGGGCCGGAAAAUGUAGCUGAGAUGACUGGCCGCAAAGGUCGCGUGGUCAGUAACGACGAUGGCAGCAUCACCUACGAGUCUCGCUCCGAGCUGGACGUCCCUGUGGAAAUACUCAAUCUCACUGAGAAGCAGAGGUUCAUGGAUGGAGAGAAGAACAUAGCCAUCAUCUCAGAAGCAGCCAGCUCGGGUAUAUCCCUGCAGGCUGACCGUCGAGUGAAGAACCAGCGGCGGAGGGUCCACAUGACACUAGAGCUGCCCUGGAGCGCAGACAGAGCUAUACAGCAGUUCGGGAGAACUCACAGGUCAAAUCAGGUCACCGCUCCGGAGUAUGUCUUCCUCAUAUCAGAGCUCGCAGGAGAGCAGAGAUUUGCAUCCAUUGUUGCCAAAAGACUAGAAAGUCUGGGUGCUCUCACUCACGGUGACAGAAGAGCAACAGAAACUCGAGAUCUGAGCAGGUUUAAUUUUGACAAUAAAUAUGGCAGAAACGCUCUGGAAAUUGUGAUGAAGUCCAUCGUAAAGCUCGAUACUCCAUUAGUGUCUCCACCCUCUGACUUUAAAGGGGAUUUCUUCAAAGAAAUCCAAAGUGGAUUAGUAGGUGUGGGCCUCAUAAAUUUGGAGGACAGAUCUGGCACACUAUCACUAGACAAAGACUACAACAACAUCGGGAAGUUUCUCAACCGUAUUUUGGGCAUGGAGGUCCAUCAGCAGAAUGCUUUGUUCCAGUACUUUUCUGACACGCUAGCAGCAGUGAUUCAGGAAGCAAAGAAGAACGGCAAAUACGACAUGGGUAUUCUUGAUUUGGGCUCUGGUGACGAGAAAGUGAAGAAGGUGGACUGCAGGAAAUUUCUAACACCAGGCUACACUACAUCAGGACAUGUUGAGCUCUACACUGUAAGUGUGGAGAGGGGAAUGUCAUGGGAAGAAGCCACGCAUGCUUGGGCGGAACAGAACGGACCAGAUGAUGGUUUCUAUGUGCAGAUGAGAAACAACAAAAAAACAUCCAUCCUUGUUAAAGAGGUGAACACCAAGAAGAGGCUGUUCCUGGUGUACAGGCCCAACACAGGCCGGCAGGUCAAACUGGAGACGUAUGCAGACAUCAAGAAAAAGUUUAAAAAGGUCUUGUCAGAAGAUGCCAAGCAGCACUGGACUGACCAGUACAGGUCUUCAGAGAAAAUAUGCUCUCACGCAUACUGGCGCGGUAACUGUAAGAAAGCGUCAGUGGGUCUGCAUUGUGAAGUUGGUCUUCGGUGCAGGACGUACUACGUUCUGUGUGGUUCAGUGCUCAGUGUGUGGAAUGAGCUGGAGGAAGUGCUCACCCCGGUCAGUGGAACCAACGUAAAGGUGCAGAUUGUCCGGCUCAGAACGGAAGAUGGGCAGAGGAUAGUUGGGCUGAUCAUUCCAGCGAACUGUGUGUCUCCAUUAAUAAACAAGCUCUCAACAUCGGACCAGUGCCAGCAGCUGGCUGUGCAGGAGCAGCAGAAGCGGCAGCAGCUUCACCCUCAGAGUCUGAGCCACACACCCAAUACAUAGUCUGGGGGCUUUAAUCUCAUCUCCACCCCUCAAGUUCACAUCCCACUCUGUAGGGAUCUCUGCACUGCGGGCUCCAGGACCACUGUUCCUUGUGCACAACCCUCAUUGUCUCUGAGGGUCAGAGGUGUGGCAACAACCUGUGGUGACUCUCGGAUGUAAAGCAGUGGUUGUAAAGAGAAAUUUUCUUUCUUUUCUGUCUGUUUUUUUUUUUUUUUUUUUCUUUUUUCAAGAAUUGUCAUCUCCACAGACUCUUCCUUUCACCUGGAGAUAUUUGACAGGUGAUGUAUUUUCCUCUGACAUUCAGAGUGAGAAGAUUUGUGAUACGAGAGCAUGUUGAUCUGAAUUAUCCACUCCUCACCCAUACUUCAACCUGUUUUAUCCCAAAACCCACCUCAGUAUGAAGCAAGGACUUUUUGUGGUCUGGACCAAAAGUAGAUGGGUCAGAAUCUACGGUCCUUCAUAGUCUGUGAAAAGUCUCAGUUGGGCAUUUAUUGCUUAACUACAGUCCCAUAUUAAUGUAUGAUAGAGACUCAUUAUACUAGAUGUUAUUCAGCACUACUGUAGUGUAAUUAUCAGUUCUUUUGAAGUAGACAAAGUGAUGCAGUUUACUGCAGGAAACCUUUUUUUUUCCUGAUACACUGUAGCUGUCAUAUAUGCUCAUGGGGCAGCAAAGACCAAAUGUCAUUAUUGUCAGGAUCCACUUGCAUCUAAAAUCAGGCCAAUAUUUAUUUAUUAAUAUAUAUUUUUUUUUUUUUAGCCCAUCUGUUUUUCACACAGGUCUCAAAUUCCUCAAGUUCCUUGGUUUUGUUUUAUAUCUGACUUGAUGAUUUUGUUCCUCUUUGUCCACGUUGGAACCUGAUCAGCCAGGUAUUUGUGAACGUGCCUUUGUGUGUGUACACAGAGCUGCUGCAGUCCGACACCUUUACAAAGAAGUGAUUUGGUUAUCUUAGCAUCAGUCCUCUGAGUUCUUUUUAUAGUGUAUCAAAAUGUUUCACUGACAUAAUACUGAAUAUUAAAGCAAUCUGGGGAGCUAAAUAUUGAUCCAUCCUUUUAUAAUUUAGCAUUUAUUACUUAAAAUUGAGACGUUUGAUAAAUGAUUUUUUUGGCCUAUAUUGUAGCUACAAACAGAUGGCGUUAAGAGUAGUCAGCAUUUUAUCUCCUAUGAGAGCAUUUAACAUUUGCUAUACAGUGUUUCCCUUUACUAAUAGUUACUUUAAGGGGCAGGCGCUGAGAAACUUGAUCAUAAAUUACUAAAAAAUGCAGCAGACACUGCACUGAAAUGAAACAAUGGCACAUGAGUUGGGUAAAGAUACCAUUUUGGUUUCAUUAUUUUAAUUUAUUUUUACCUUCUCUGGCUUCAGUUUGGGGGGGAGACCACUCCCACAAAUCAGUGGUAGUGGAAACACUGUAAUAGUUGUGUUCCAAGUGCCCACUGUGGACUAACGUGCUAAACAGUUGAAGCGACAUUACAGGGUUGUUAAAUGUUUAUGUAAUGCUUAACAUGCUUAAACUUUGGCAAUAGAGGAAUUUAAGUCAAAUGUUGGGGACAAAAAAAAAUUUGUCCCCAUAAAAUGUGGUGUUUAAAAAGUUGCACGCCUUUCUAGACCAUUAUAAUAGCUUUAUUUCUUGACUUGGUCUUUAGCUGGCUGCUGUUCAAAGAGGAAAAAAAAAAAAAAAAGGCAAGGCAUUUCUGAAAAAUUGUGAAAUC